AAUGGUCAUUAUGGCAGGAAUGGCUGACCACGAAAGGAAGAUAGUGAUUGAAUUUUGCCAUCUGUUAGAGAAAUCAAAACAGCUUUUCAAUGGCCUUAGGGACUUGCCUCAGUAUGGGCACAAGCAGUGGCAAGCAUAUUUUGGAAGAACUUUUGAUAUUUAUACAAAACUAUGGAAAUUUCAACUGCAGCACAGGCAAGUUUUGGAUACAAAAUAUGGACUGAAGAGGUGGCAGAUUGGUGAAAUUGCAUCCAAAAUUGGACAGUUGUAUUACCAUUACUAUCUACGUACCAGUGAAACCAACUACCUAAAUGAAGCAUUUUCGUUCUAUGCUGCCAUUCGAGGGAGAGCGUAUUACUCUAGGGCAUCCAAAGAAGAUAGGUCAGACCUGAUGGUGAAAAAGCUUCGAUAUUAUGCAAGGUUCAUCGUUGUCUGCUUGUUGCUGAAGAAGAUGAAACUUGUUAAAGAUCUAGUUACAGAAUUAGAUAAACAAAUAGUGGAUUACACAAGCACAUAUGAACCUGAUGACCAGCUGGAAUGGUCACUUGUCCUUGAAGAGAUCAAAUCCUUCACUAAGGCUGAUGAAAUAGUCAGUGUACUUCAUCCAGACUCCAAUAAAAUAGUCUUGUCACACAGGCUCAGUCCAUUGACAACCCCACCAGUAGAAAGAUCUCCUAUGAUGAACCUGACAUUACAGGAAAUAUUGAUAGUAGGCAACUGCAAUGAUCAGGUAAAGUUCAGUGAGUUGACAAUGGACAUGUUCAGAAUGCUCCAGACUCUUGAAAGAGAGCCACAGGAUGACUUCAACCACAUCUAUGAUGCUUCACCUGCACCAGGUCGAGUGCCUUUGGCGUUGACUCCUGGUUGUUUGCAGGAUAAGGGUUAUUCCUUACCAGGAGGAGCUAAGGGAAUGUACCCACUUGUGUCAUCAUGUCAGGAGAAUGGAGAUCGUCCCAUCAAGAGGGAGAACCCACACAAGUACAUGCUUUACAAACCAACUUUCAGUCAAAUAAUGGUGUUCUUAGCAUCAGGGUUUAAGGAGAUGCCUCCCAGUGGGGCAUUAAUGAUGUACAUUUCAGCGGAUGGGUGUUUCUCGAGCAUGAAGCACUGUGAAGACAUGGGGUAUGACCUGGGUGGUGUUCUGACAAGCAGUAAAAAGGAAUUAGACCAUCCAAACAAGAAGGCAAUCCAGCUGAAGGAAAUGCAUUGUUUGUAUCCUGGAGAUCUGUACCCUUUCACGCGGAAGCCAUUUUUCAUUAUAGUGGAUUCAGACAACAGUUUUGUAUUUCAGCACAUUCCUCACUAUUUUGGACAGCCCUUGGUGAUUCUCAUGUCUCCUCAGGAUGUCCCUUCAGCUUUCCAAGAUCAGCAGCACAAUGGUAGUCUGUUCACACUGUUCCUGCACAGCCCCCUCACAGCAUUCUGCUUCAUCUGCAAUCUUCACAAUAUUCCCUACCACUUAUGGGAGCGAUGUCAGUCCUUUAUUGACAGAUUUGUUACAGAGGCCAGCAGACUAUUCACACGGUGCCGGAUAGAUACGUCGUAUCUUCAGUUUUUCGGAGAUGACUUCCUGAGGCUUCUUCUCUUGCGAUAUGUGUUCUGUGAUGUGGUUCUCCACCUCCAUCGAUCCUUUAAGGGUCACCAGUUCCGCCCAAGAUGCCAGCCCCCACUCCCUGAUGGGGACCUGCUGGUCCACCCAGCCCUGCAACGUAUGGUGCUGGAUCUGGCAUCACACCUUGAAGUACGUGGUCACUUCAUGGAGACCAAUGAGGUGGACUGAUCGCCGGCUGCUGGCAGUCGUUCAGCUGCUACCAUUUGGAACAGUAUCAUGUCUCUCACGGAGCCGAGCUCUGUUGAUAGCCAUGUAAGUGAUGAUAAUAUUAUUUUCUCUAAUGUCACAUUAUCAGGGAGUUAUGAAUUUCCUUCAGAGGUGAUAGUUUUCUUUUUACAAUACUGUGGCACUUUCAAAAUACAAAUGAAGACAAAUUCUGGAGAUUUUGAAUCUCAUGACACUAGGAAUAUCCAUCACAGCAGUGCUUUGAAUACAUCAGCCUCAAGCCUCAACAGUUCUGAAUCCCAAAGGACAGUUGGUAUCACUGAGAUGCUAUCCAGCUAUUUCGGAUACUGUGAUUCUUUCAUGUUGAGGAUCAGCCAACUGACUUGUACCAUUCUUGUGCCGAAACUUCUUGGAGCAGCUCAACUCCUGCUGAAUCAAGAUGACCACCGUCACCGCCACCGAGAAGUGUGUCAGUUCCUAGUCAGUUAACGUUACCAGACAUAGAAGAUGCUGGAGUCCAUUUCAGCAUAUUCUCCCUCGAUACAUGAGCAUAAGUUACUUUGUCCUUAAUAUUCUGAAGUAUACAUGGAUCAGCAUUAAGCAAUUGUAAUAUGUUACUGGUUCUGCAGAGCAGCACAGAUAGUUCCUCUCUUGUUUCUAAAAAUGGCAUUUGAAACAAAAGAAGGACAAUUAAAUCCAUCAGGGGUAAUGCAUAAAGAUAUUCUUUGCAGGAUAUCACAGUGUGAAUGUAAGAAAAAGGUUUGAUAUCAUAAGGUAGUUCAAAAAAUGCCUGAAUUGAUCGUUUUAUAGCUUUAAAUAUUACAUUGUAAUCUAAGAUUAAUUCUGAUGGAGAAAUGUGUAAGAUGGCAUUUGCUUUACAUGCUGCAUGGGGAAGGCUUAGGUGCAAUGUGACCGGCAUUGUUAAGUAGAAGUUUUGCUAAAUGCUUUGCAUAGACAACAGCUUUAAACAUACUAAUUGUUAAGUUAUGGAUUCCAAAAACCACUGCCAACUCAAGAGGGGCGGGAUUGUUCAUAGGCUGUGAGGCAAAUGGGCCCAUGAAAAAAUAUAUAUUGCCAACACGAACACCAGCUUGGAAUUGGUAAGAUGCAAGAAGACAGAAUACCUGUCAUAGCAAUUCAUUCUAGGGGCAAAAUAAAAGGAAACAGUAUUCUUGAUUUUUUUUGGGAACAAAUUUGUGACCCUGUGUGUGAUUUUUUGUGAUACUCAUCUUCCAUGUUAGACUGUUUCAUUUCCUUGGUCAGCCCAAUAUGAGCAGUCCAGACCAUGUCAUCUCUGUCAUUGCACUUCAGGGAAAAGAGAACAAACCAUCAAUACAUGUACAUAAGAGUAGGUGAAUCUGUAUAUAUUUAGUCUCAACUUCAUAUGGCAGUAUGAAUCUUUGCUUCAUAAAAUGUUACAAGAUGAAUGAUCAACAUUUUCACAAUCAUAUCAACACUACACUAUAUACUCUUAUAUGUAUGAACCACACUCACCAUUACAAUGUACAGUACUGUUACAUUUCAGUACCUUAGUUUCACCUUGUGAUAUGAAGCUGUGGUAGCACUUGACAGCAGCACCAAUAUAUGUGCUGAUUUAUUUUUAUGCUUGUCUUUUUAAUGUUUAAUUUUUAUAAAAACCAUAAUUUAGUGCUGUAUUACUGAUCAGUAUUAUUCUAGUCAUCAUAUAACGUGAUAACAAUAAUCUCUUUGUUAAACUAGUCAUGUUAUGUUUACACAAUUCUUAGAGUGGUAGGAGAGAUGGGAUGGGACAUAUUUCGAUCUCAUCACUUUCUGAAAUGCACAGGCCAUUUAAAAAUUAAUGGCAACACUAAUGUAAAAUUAAAAAUAAAUUAUUCUUAGUAUCACUAAUUUCCUGGACUUCUCCCAUCAUCUGAUAUUCUAAAAACAGGAAUGCAAGAUUUCAGGUGCUGGAUUUGCUCUCGUCAGAUGCAGGUUACAUGCUCAAUUGGGUCAAUUUGGAACCAUUGAUCCCAGUCACUGGACCUGGCUAGUAAUAUUAAGUAUAAUAUCCCAUUGUCAAGAACCCUUUAGAAAAAAAACUGUCAGAAGCUGACACUUUACAAGCCUUCAGUAAAGGGAAGCCAUCUGAUGUUAACAGCAGUGUCCCUUACUAUAUUUCUGAUUGCCCACACUACUGUAUAACCUCUUCCCUUGUCUUCUGCCUGAUGCCUCAUAGGGGUUUCAUUUUCCAGAACUGUUCAUGAUUGUAUGUUCCAGCAUGUUCCAGUGCCUCCCAUUUCCACUGUUUGCACAGAUCUGCCACAUCCUAGCCACAUAACUCUGAAAGUGUUUUUGUGCAGCACAAUAGGACCUGAGUGUUGACUCAGUGCAAGAUGCAAAUCGUGCUCCAGGAAGCUUUAGUAAUGUGACCUUCAUUUUGCCUGACUGCUGUUGAAAUUUCUCUUGUAUGAUGCUCCUUGGUGAUGCCAUAUUCUUGACAAAGUGGAUAAUUUUCGGUCCAGUGUGACAUACAAGUUUACAACACUUCAGUCUUUAUUCACCCUACAUGUUAAGAUUCAAAAGAAUCGUCCUCAGAGGCACACCACUACGAUCAGGAAACACUGUCACAUAAGAUGUUUUAACAAUAUGAACUUAAGCUAUGAAUAAUGCUCACUAUAUAAAUUUUUGUUAUUAUCACAGUUAGUUUUGAUGUUUGCCUUAAGCAUUCGCGAUGACACUUCUUGAAGUGUAGAUUUACGUAUAAUCCUGCUUCUUUUAAGCGUAUUUGCUGGGUAUUCUGGUUGGGAUUUCCCUCUGCAUGUGAUAUGAUGUUCACUUUUCCAUAUGGUAGCCUCCCAAUGUAUUUAAAAUUGUAUUAAAAUUUCUUUUGUAUGUAAAAU